AGAGCCAGCACGCGCGCACACACCCACACACGCGCUCUCACAGACGUUAUGGAGACCUCCGCGCGCUCAGUGCUCGUGCUCGCCGCCGCGCUCGUGCUCGUGUCGUGCCAGCCGGCGGACGCGUGGUACAAGCAGGCGACCGGACCCAGCUACUACUCGGUGGGCAGAGCGUCCGGACUGCUGUCCGGCAUCCGCAGGUCACCGCACGCGCGCAGGGCAGAGAGCGACACCGGGACGGCGGAGACGGACACACAGACCGGGAGCGAGCAGGAGAUCAGCCCGCUCAGCCAGAGGCUACCCCCCGCGCUCAGGAACAUGGUGGUCUGCGUGAAGGAGAUCUCGCCCAACCUGCAGAGCUGCGAGCUGACCCUGGACGGCUCCAGCGCCUUUCGCUGCAAAGCAGACGUCCUGCUGGCCCUGGACGCGCUCGAGUGUGCGGGCGUGUGAAUAAAAUGAUACACGCUCGCCCCCCUCCACAUCCCCCCAGUCCCCUCACCAACCAACCCCACCCUGGAAUGGCACUCCUCAGGGGUCCAAGCACCGAAUGUGCUGGAGCUCUGCUGCUUUUGUUAAUUUAUGAAUAUUAUUAUUAUUUAUUACUUCCAGAGACGGACUGGAGACACUGAAUGUUGGUCCAUUUCACACAAUGUGGAGAAACUAGCUGCUUAUAAAAGAGAAAAGUCGACUACAGCCCAAAGUGUGUGUGUGAGAAAGUCCUGCCCCCCCACCACCUCCGCACCAUCCAUUGUCCAUGAACUGUCGACUCUCUCGAAUAACGUUUUCUGUAUUUUAUUUUUUGUAAAACUGGACAGUGUGCGUUUUUAGUUCGGGAAAAUAAAAAAUAAACAUGAAACUAAUGUCAAACAGUCCUGUUUACACACUGUAGUGUUGCAUAAUUACACAAAAAAACACUGGAUUGUCAGAAUAAAUCACAUUUUUGAUCUUGCAUA